AUGUCACAUUCUCCCACUUCACCCGGUCCACCUGUUCCUGGACCUAGACAACCACAUCAACAUGUCGAUCGACCACCACCGAUUUACCCACCUGACGUUGUUGGUAUUUUCGAUCCCGCUGCUGCAGGUGGAGGUGGUCCCCUGGUCCGAAUAAACACUCAACGUUCUAUACGUAUCGAACAAGAAGCAAGAGAACGAGCAGCAAGAGAAGCACAAGGUCUUCCUGCAGAAGAAGGUAUCAUCACACGUAUUCGAUCCUUUUCUUUCUCUUCUCGACCUAUUCCUAAGAAACCUCUCAAUUUAGAUAUUCAUGCGCAUCCAGAAGCUGAACAUGAACAUGAUACGGACCAUGAAACGGACCAUGAACUUGAUUCUCAUUCUGGUCCAAGACCCGCUUUGAGCUCAGCUUGGAGUGCCAAGACGUUGAGGGAUUCACCGAGAGAUGAGAAGAACAUUCAGCUUGGAGAAUUGGAGAAUGGUAAGGUAGAAAUACAUCUGGAGACAUGUGAAGAACAUGUUUAUCCGGAUGGAGGAUAUGGUUGGGUGGUCAUUUUGUGUUGUGCCACUUUGGCAGGGUUGGCAAUGGGAUGGGGUAUGGUAUGGGGUGUUUUCCAAGAAUAUAUCACUGCAAAUAAGACUUUUGAUUAUCCCAACCAAGCGGUGUUAAGUCUAUGUGGGACAACCACUGCUUUCACGGGUUUAUUGGUGUCAUUCAUCUUUGGACGUAUGGGUGAUAGGCUUGGGUUCAAGAAAGUCCUGAUCGCCUCGGCAUUCCUAGCAUGGGCCAGUAUGUUCAUCUCGGCAUUUUCCAAAACUUUAGGAAUGUUCCUUACCUUCUACGGCGUAUUUUUAGGAAUCGCACAGGGUAUGACAAUGCCUUUGUUCAUGUCCCUUCCUUCGCAGUGGUUCUACAAACGUAGAGGGUUAGCGUCUGGAUUAGCUAUCGGAGGUGCAGGGUUAGGUGGAGGUAUUUGUACUCAAUAUGUCCGUGCGCUACUCAAUCGAGUAGGAUUCAAAUACUGUUUGAUUAUCAUGUCAUGCUCUCAUUUCUUCUUCUGGCUCCUCGCGGCUGUCUUCAUUCGUACCCGUCCCACCUCACCCGAAGCUCGCAGUCCUGCCAAAGUACCAUGGAUCAACAAAGACAUCAUGGUAACGUCGACAUUUUGGAGUUUAGCCGUCAGUCUCCUGGUAGCUGUCACAGCUUAUGGUGUUCCGUUCAAUUACCUCCCUCUUUGGGUGGAGUUAGAGAUGCCCAAUAUCAGUGAAAGUUUGAAAGUCCUUCCAAAUACUCUUCUAGGUUUCUCUAUGACCAUCGGACGUAUCCUUAUAGGGGUGGUAGCGGACUGGAUCGGACCCAUCAACGCUUAUAUCUUGGUGUUUGCUCUUUCAGGAGUGAUACAAUUCGCAGUGUGGUUAACGGCUACCACUUUGGCGCAAGGUUGUGUUUUUGCAGUUUUAUAUGGUAUCAUUGCCACGGGAUACAUCAGUAUUCUUCCUCAGAUCAUAGUCCAGCUAUUCGGCCCUCAGAAUUUAGCAACGAACAUGGGUCUUGUUCUUCUUUUCUGUGGUCCGGGAAACUUCAUCGCGGGUCCCCUGGGUGGAGCUUUAUACGACGCGACAGGUCGAACAAGCUUCAAGUGGGUUAUCAUCGUUGGUGGCAGUUUGCAGAUCGCAGGUGCUGUUGUAGCUCUUUGGGCCAAGUUGAAGACUGAUAGAAGAUUGUGGGCUAAAGUAUGAGUAGAAGGGAGAUUGAAAGGUAUUGCUAGAAUUGCUCCAUCACCACAAGCUUCUUCCUCACGAUAUCUCUUCCCCUGUGAUUGUACCAAUUAUAAUUCCCUCUCCAAUCGAUCCGAUCUCUUCUUGCUAGUCAAUCUUUAUGUACACUUCCCAUUCUAUUGUGCAUGUACUUGGUGC